AAAUGUUAUUCUGAAACACACAUUAUAAAUGAUUCAAAUUUUUUAAAGACUGUAUUGAAUAUUUGUAUAAAUGUGUACAUUAACUAACACAAUUUGUUUUUAAGGUAACCAUUUCAAAAAAUCGUACAGAACUUACUGUAAAUAAAUUCAAAUUUACCGCAAAUAGUUUACAAAAUUGUAUUUUUGUAUGGAAAGCUCAAUAUUUAACACUAUAGUGCAACGGGUAUUUUAAACAAAUCCGUUUACCAAACAAUACUGAACAAACAGUAAAACAAACAACGCAAAGUUGGCAGCGCGAACCUAAGAAACUCAAAAUACCUAUGUCAAGUCACAGGGAAUUUCUGUUUUUUUAUGUUCUCCCCAAUUUCUAAAUUUAAAAGCAAAACCAGUUAACGGUCAUCAUUGUGACAAUUGCGUUAUAAUCGUUUACUACUAGUGUCACUCACAUCGAAGUACUUGGGUGAAUUUUGUAUAUUAUGGACUUAUCCGAUUACAUUAAGUUAAAAUUGAACAUACUCAAACAGCCGCUGAAGACCGAAUUCAAACAAAAAUCAUUGGAGACCAGAAUCGACGAGUUCAAAAACAUUCGUCGUGAAAACAGAACGAAUCUUAUGUUUGAUAAACGAAAAAUCGUCAACAUGUCCCCGUAUCAGACGCCGGAUGCCAAAAAUGGGCGCAAAUCUGUUGCGAACAGCGAAGUUGUCGUAAACAAGAGAUUGGAGAUGUUGCAGAAAUGGAGGGAAGAGAAGGCGAAAAAAACAGCGGAGGCAAGAAGUAAAGUCAAGCCCAUCUUCAAGGUGUGUCAUGUUGAAACCAAACUCAGUUUGACUGAUUUUGAUAAGUUAAAUGAGGUUAAAGGAAAACCUUUACAAUCAAAAUUUGCUCCAACUAAUCACCAAUUCAAACCACCAUCUAAUAUUAAACCAAUCCAACUGAAUGGAAGUGUAACCAGUAAAUCUGGAAUCGGACAGAAAAGAGUGAGCCAAAGGAGUUUGUCAAAUUCUCGAGUAGUUAGUAAUACUACAGGCAAUUUAAGUAGGUUGUCUUCUCGGUCCGCAGAAAAUUUAUCUUCGGUUAAUCGAAAAAUAUUACCCGUUAAAGGCAGACCUCCAGUUACAAAUCCAAAAGCAACAGCCGCAAACGUUAAAUCCAAUAAGCCGUUGGCAGCUACAGCAAAAAUAACUGAAACCAAGAAAAGUGUUAAAGAUAACUUACGGGAGGCGAAACAGCCGAAAUCGAAGACUGUAAGCCCCAACAAAAAGUUGAAGACGACGACCACUCAGUCGACCGGCCGAGGUCGAGGACGGCCACCCUCGAAAACAAAAGAUUCACCCACAGCUAAACGUACGGAGUCACAAGAAUCGUUAGCCGACAAAACGGAUGACACUAACAAAUCCAACGCCACUCCGCAGAAAAAAAAUAGAGGUCGACCGAAGAAAGUCAAGCUGGAGUCGACAGAAGAGGUACCCUCGUCGCCCAAACGACUGCGGGGUAGACCUUCGAAGGGCGUCGCGUUCAAGACUCCGGUUAAAACGCCUAACAAGUCAGGCGCGAGGACUUCAGCGAGGCAAAAGACUCCGUUCAAAGUCAACGGAUGGAACGUGGAGUAUAACGGUGAAAGUUCUGAGGAAGCUGACGAGGCGGAUAAGUCGCAAGACGUAACAGUUGUGGACAUAAAGUCUUUAACUGAUGAGGACUUCUGUACACCAGAUAAGGACAAAGGUCCCCGGGAUUCGCCGCCCAUGUACAUCAGUCCAUUUGUAACCGUUUCCAGGGGUAAAGAAAGCGCUAGGAAAGAAUAUCAUGUCAGAAAUUCACCCAGAGCCGCUGCGGCAUCGCCCAGUUUUCUCAAAAAGGAUGUGGACAAUCUUAGUAGUCCAAAGGCAGGAGCAGAAUAUUUCUCAAAGAAAUUGCAGGACGAAAUCAACCGGAUAGAAGGCAUGUGCAAUGAAUGGGACUCAUAUAGGAAAGGGGAUGAUGUACCAACUGAGGCUCAAGACAUGAUCGACGUGGCUAUCGGCCAAUCGAAACUGCUCAUCUCCAAAAAAUUCCAACAAUUCCGCGGACUGAUCGAAGAAUGCAGAUCUCAAAAUUUCGAAGCGAAAACUGUCACGUGCUUGGAUUUGCACGGAUUUUGGGAUAUGAUGUACAUACAGGUGGAAGAUCUGGAUAAAAGGUUCCAAAACCUGCAAAAACUUAGAGAUAAUAAUUGGGAGGAGGUUUUGCCGGUGAAGCCAAAAUCGCCGGCGAAGAAAGCGAGGGGCAGGCCCCCGUCGAAGAGGGCAGCAAGCUCUCGCUUGAAAGAAAUGAUCAAAGCUGCAAGAGAGAAGAAACUUAAUACUGCCACUACGGAAGAACAGCUCAGUGAGAAGACGUUUGAUGGGGGAUACUUCUCUGUGCAGUCUCCAAUAAAAGAAACUGUCUUGCCAAAUUCAUCAAAACGCCGGAGCUUGAGAAUGUCCGUGCUGGCAAAUGAGGCGCGGAGGAAAAUCAGUUCUCCGGGAUUGACAAUGAUGAAAGUAAGCCACUCUAUUAAGACUGGCGAUGGUCUGACACCAGGGAAAAGUAUUCUUAAAAUUGAUGGCGUAAAAUCUGCUAAAAAGUCUGUACUCUUCAGAGAUGACAUUGAAGGCGCAAGGAAAGAAAGUAUUUCCAAAACUGUAUUAUUCCCAAGUGAUGAUGACACUGAUGAGAAUGAUCAAAAUGAGGAUAAUAUGGUACCCACGCGUAGGAGUUCAAAGAGACUGACAAUGAUAUAAUUUAUUAGGUGUUGUAUUUAUGUGAUUAUUAGUUAUUUAUAUUUUAUAGAAUUGAUUUUGUUUUGUAUUUAAGCUUAAUAAUAAAUAAAUAAAAUAUAUCCUCUUUG